CAGACCAGCAGCAGACAUCAUUAGAUACACACCUCCUCUCUAGCCACACCUUGUCUUGGGCUAUUAAAAAUGUCAGUGACACUCCACACUGACCUUGGUGAUAUUAAAAUUGAAUUAUUUUGUGAAGCAGUUUCAAAGACUUGUGAAAAUUUCCUUGCUCUUUGUGCCAGUGGAUAUUACAAUGACUGCAUAUUUCACAGGAACAUUAAAGGGUUUAUAGUACAGACUGGGGACCCAUCAGGUACUGGUAAAGGAGGGACUAGCAUCUGGGGCAGGAAAUUUGAAGACGAAUUUCAAGAAACUUUAAAACACAGUGGGCGUGGCAUCAUAUCAAUGGCUAACAGUGGUCACAGUGACACCAAUGGAUCUCAAUUCUUCAUUACUUAUGCUAAACAACCCAGUCUUGAUAUGAAGUACACCAUAUUUGGAAAAGUAAUUGAUGGAAUGGAUACUCUUGAUGAUUUAGAAAAGGUACCAGUUAAUGAUAAGAAUUAUAGACCAAUUCAAGAUAUUUACUUAAGAAGAGUAACAAUCCAUGCUAACCCCAUUGCUGACUAACUAACAGGUUUAAUACCAUUCAGUGUAAAAAUUGGUUCAUUUGCUCUUGCAAUAGCAGCAGUAAUGUUUAUUUUAUUAAUUAA